AUGGUAAAGGAAAAUCUUUCUGUAUCAGAAUCUGACGGAAACUCUAGUAAAUCGAGUUCCGAAGAGGCCGAAGAAUUUACAGAUAGUGAUGAUGACGAUACUGAGAAAGGGAAUGAUGGAAUGACAGAAUAUGAGAAGCAGAGAUUGUCCAGGAUUCAAGAGAAUAGGGCAAGAUUGGAAGCUUUACGAUUACCAAAUCUCGCUGCUACUUUAUAUUCUGGUUCUAAAGGGAAAAUAAAACAACAUGAACAGAAAAAGGGGAAAGUCGGGAAGAAAAGCAAAAAGGAUGAUGAUGAUGAUUAUGUACAACCAUCUGAUAGCGAAGAAGAAAUUAGGGUUAGUUCUUCUUAUUCUACAAGCGGAGAAGACUCGAACGAAGAAGAAUUUAAUCAAAUUAACAAAGCUGGUAGUUCCCGUUCUCGUCGUCCUAAGGGAAAAAACAUACAGUCUCCAAAAAGGAGAAAAGGUAAGAAACAACUUCGGCGGAAGAAUAUAAGUGAAUCAGAUUUCAUUUGUGAUGAGGAAAAAGCUCUAAUGCAGGCGAUUGCUCUUUCGCUUGAGGGCUCAGAAGCUGUGAAUCAAGAGCCUCUUCAGUAUUCUAAUCUAACUAAAAGAAAAGGUGGGGGCAAAGUCAAGGAAAAUGAUGAAAGGAGAAAAAGAAUAAAGCCGAAUACGAGCCGGGUGCAGAUGACGGAGGAUCAGGUGAUCAUUCACUUCUUUCAGUUUGACGAAGCGGGGAAAGGGAGUAUAACUAAAAGAGAUUUGCAAAGAGUAGCAACUGAACAUGAUUUUUCAUGGUCCGAUGAGGAGAUGGCUGCUAUGAUUCAUUGCUUUGAUAGUGAUGGAGAUGGAAAGCUAAGUCUUGAAGAUUUUCGAAAAAUUGCGUAUAGAUGCAACUUAGUACAAAGCCAUGCAAAUUCUUCGAUGGUCUGAAGACGUAUCCGGUAGGAAGCACAUGAGCUUGAAAUGAGUGAUAUCUUAACAGGACCAUUAUAAGUCUGGUUAAAACAGGCAAUAGAAGGUGUAGAAGAAGUAGUUGGAUGUGGCACCUUCCUUUUAGCAC